AUGGUGAGCUCCGGACUGAUGUGUACUGUAGAAAGCAAGGCGCAGGACAUACACUUCUCUCAAUUCUAUGAAAAUGCCAUUUUCCGCAAUCCCGGGCUUACCGGCAUUUUUACGGGUGAUUAUAAAGCCGGUGUAAACUACCGCACCCAAUGGGGUAAUAUCUCUAACCCGUUCCAGACGGUACUGGCAUCUGUGGAAAGCCGCGUGCGUGUAAGCAGGGAAACAAAUGACUAUCUCAGCAUCGGGCUGUGCGCCUCUUAUGAUCAUGCAGGUUCUAUUGAUUUCAACAGUCUGCAGGUCUAUCCGGCGAUCAACUAUAACAAAUCACUGGAAGACAGGCAUGGCAGUUACCUGUCCGUAGGCUUUACGGGUGGCUACAUCCAGCGUUCUGUAAACAUGUCUAAAAUGACGCUGGACGAGCAGUACAUGAAUGGUGCCUACAGUGCGUCAAAUCCGAACGGUGAAUCUUUCAACUAUACCAGGGACAGUCACUUCGACCUGGGUGCGGGUGACGGCGAUGACAUCUCGGUGAUCACCUAUGGUGCCGGGGUACACUGGGCUACAGAAUAUGCCGAAAAGCAUCCCGGUAUUUCCCUGCAUAUUCUUGACCUGAGAUCCUUAUUGCCUUUGGACUAUGAUGCCAUUAAGGAGGCCGUAAAGCGUACCGGCAAGGUAUUGCUGCUGCAUGAAGAUACCCUGAUCGGUGGCAUCGGCGGAGAGAUUGCCGCCUGGAUCUCCGAACAUUGUUUUGAAGACCUGGAUGCACCGAUUGUGCGUUGCGGCAGCCUGGAUACACCCGUUCCUUUUGCCAUUGAACUGGAACAAAACUUUAUGGCCAAAGGGCGGCUGGACGCUGCUAUUACCAAGCUGAUGAAAUUUUAA